AUGGACCAGCAACAGAGUAUCGAGACACGAAGGUGCUCUCUACUCGGAAAGCUCCCUCUGGAGAUUCGAUGUAUGAUUUACGACGAAGUCUUGAGCCAGCCUAUUUACUUUGACGGGCCUGACGCUGCCACCGAUGUUGAAGGCGAGGACGAGGACGAGGACGACGAUGACGACGACGAUGCAGAGAGCAAAGAAGACAAAGAGAGACAAGCCAAGAGGCAUAUAACCCCCUUACGCUUCCGGUUGACUUGCCGCCAAAUCAACGAGGAGGUCGGCCAGCGGUGGCUAUCCAGUGUAAUGCUCGUCUUCGACGACCGAAUGCUCCUUCUCGACUCGAUCAAGACAGCCAGGCCUCUGGGAUUCGACUUCGGCUUGGUCCGCCACUUGGUUAUCAACCUACCCGCCGUCUGCGAAUACGAUGAUCUCCCAUCAGAGGACUUGAAGUGGUUGGCCAAAGAAGUUCCAGGUCUGAAGCUGGACACCCUGACUCUCAUACUCGAGUCGGCUGGGGAGCUAGACUAUUUCUGGCCCUUUGUGCUGGAACAUCUAGCCAAGGAGCCGAUAUCCAAGGAGCUGUACCUCGCCAUGGGAGAAGACCAUUUCGCGCAUCAAACGAUCCGUGACUACCUCCAAUACGAGUCCAGAUCUCUCUUUCGCGCGACCGCUCCUGCGCCCCACGCUGCGGUCUUCCAGCCAUCUACGCGUUUGCAGUUAUCCGAUACCACGCCCCAGCCGAGCUGGCUCAUGGACGGGUACACGUCUUGGGAGUUCACGUAUCUGAUAUCGAGCACUUGGGCCCCCGUGGACGGGGAGGAGCCAGGACUUCACCCUUUUCGACACUACCUGGGUGAUCUGCCUUCAUCAUGCGAUUACCGAGUGGACUAUGAGAAGAUCCAUAGCGUUAUGCGAUGA